AUGAUAACAAGCACAUCCGACGGGUCUGCGCGGAGUGUCUUGACCGUAGACAGGCUUCCAAUAGCAAGGGCCAGCGUGGCUGCGCUGGACAAGCUCUGGACACAGAUCGAUGUGUUGGACGAUGUCAAGGCCAUGGCCGAAGAAGUGGACCGCACCGGUGGUUUUUUCACCGACGACUUCUCGAUUUCAUUGGCCCAGCUCAAGAGCUCACAGUCGCGGCUUCUCGAGGUGAUUUCCAGGCACCAGGCGCUGAGCGACCGGGCCAGGGAACAGCGCCGCCAGCUGGCCAAGGAACACUCGGAACUUGUCAGUGUGGAUGAAGAAGACAUCCUCCAACAGCAGGAACGCACACGGAAACGCAUGAGUGACUUUUUCUCGGCAACAGCGGCGCCGCUGGUCGAGACGGCGCAGUCGCGUGAUUUCGACGAGCUCAAUGAAUAUGCGCUGGAGGUCAGAGACAGCCUUGGGGAGGUAAGCGAGAAGAUGCGUGACUUUGAUCUGGUGACGAAGAAGUUGUGGUAG